AUGCAGGAGCAACGACCACCCACAGGAAGUAUUAAAAAAAAUUGCUUCACUGGGUUCAGGUUAGUGAUACUCUAGAUUGACUGCAGACGUUUGAGUGUUUAAAUGACUUGUAACGUCAACACGGUGCGACUUCUCCUGUCACAAUGACUGCAGAAAAUGUGAGUUUGUUCUUUAAGCUCUACUGUCUCAUCGUGAUGACACUGGUGGCAGCGACAUAUACAGUGGCCCUGCGGUACACCAGGACCAUCUCAACAGGGGACCUUUAUUUCUCCACGACUGCCGUGUGCAUCGCCGAGGUCAUUAAGUUAGUGCUGAGUCUGGGGAUUCUCGCAAAAGAAACGGGAAGCCUCGUCGGACUCAAGAACACUAUAGAGGAACACAUCUUCUUCAGCCCUAAAGAACUGCUGAAACUCUCGGUCCCUUCGGUGGUCUAUGCAAUUCAGAAUAAUAUGGCCUUCAUUGCCCUGAGUAAUCUGGAUGCAGCAGUUUAUCAGGUCACCUAUCAGCUGAAGAUCCCAUGCACAGCCUUGUGUACAGUCCUCAUGCUGAACCGCUCUCUCACCCGGCUGCAGUGGUUCUCCGUCUUUAUGCUCUGCGGAGGUGUUACGUUAGUCCAGUGGAAACCCGCAGAGGCCACUAAAGUUCAGAUUGAGCAGAAUCCCUUUGUUGGGUUUGUUGCCAUUGCAGUUGCUGUCCUUUGCUCUGGUUUUGCAGGUGUGUACUUUGAGAAGGUGCUGAAGAGCUCAGAUACAUCUCUGUGGGUGAGAAACAUUCAGAUGUACCUGUCCGGCAUAGUGGUCACUUUGAUCGGUGUUUACAUGACUGAUGGAGAGAAGGUCUUGGAAAAAGGAUUCUUCUUUGGUUACACACCUUGGGUGUGUGCUGUAGUAUUCCUGGCCAGUGUUGGUGGCCUGUACACGUCUGUGGUGGUGAAGUACACAGAUAACAUCAUGAAAGGCUUUUCUGCUGCAGCUGCUAUUGUUCUCUCAACAGUGGCAUCCGUAAUCCUGUUUGGACUACAGAUAACCAUUGCAUUUGCCACUGGAGCCAUCCUUGUGUGUAUUUCCAUAUAUCUGUAUGGACUUCCAAAGCAAGACAGAUCCAGAGUAACUAAGAAGGACGCAGAGAGAGAAAUCAAAGUGUGAUUUCAAAGUGAAAUCCCUGUGUGAGGUAUUGAAUGGCAUCAAACAUCUCUCUGGAGGACCAGGAUAGAGGAAGUCCACCUGCUAUUUAACAAAUGACCAUUGAUCUGCUCUGUCAGUGUCAUCACAUAAGAUGAUGAUGUCUUUGCCACUUUACUGUAGGUGUGCUUCUCCCUCUGUCCACAAGGAAUGGGUGACUUUAUAGAGUUUCUGGAUACUUAAAGAAGCUUACUGUGUUUAACACAAGUUAAAAGCAGUCGACAGUUUGCUACUCUUACUUUGGGGUCUUUGUUUUUUAAACUACAAUUUGAGUAACAUAGUUCCAAAUCACUUAGUCCUAAUUCUGAAUGUGCCCAAACCACAGACUGCAUGCAUAUUUUUUUUUUUUUUGUAUCAUCUUGCCAGUGUCUUGUAUUUUUUGUAUCAAUUCUGUGUUGUACUGUUUUGAAGGUUAUUUUACAGCUUUUAUUAAAGGAGAAA